AUGCGUCUGUCGAGCGUCGUCUUCAUGGGGGCUGUGAUGCUCGCGCAAGUGAGCACGCUGGGCGCGUUGCCGGUUCCAAGCGGCGCGCAAUCUGUGGAGUCGAGCCUCGCCGCCGCCGUCUCGCACUCCGGUGCAGCGACGGUCACGGUCACGGUCACCUCCACCGUCGGCUUCUCCACCUCUACCUCCCACGUGCGCUCGACGAGCUCCUCCGCGAGUGCUGUGCACACCUCUUCCCCGAGCGCUGUGCACACCUCUCCCGCGUCGACGCACUCCGCGCACCCGACGACGCCGUCCGCGGCCAAGCCGACGUCGUCCACCGCGCGCGCGCUCCCCACGUCUUCGACGCAUCACCCCGCUCCUCCUGCGUCGAGCGCGGUGCCCUCCGCAGAUCUCGCGACCGCAGGCGGGGCGGUUGCCCACCCGGAUUCCGCCGCCAGCUCCACCACCGUUUCGAGCGCGGCGUCCAGGACGACGCUCACCGUGCCCGCAAGCUCUCACCCCUCCUCGUCCGCCUCCGCCUCCGCCUCCUCGGGCGCAUCUGCGGCGUCAACGAGCGCGCGGUCGUCGACCGUCGGGAAUUCAGGCUCGAGCCCAAGUGCGCAGGCCGACGGGCCGACGCUGCCCAGUGGGACGUUCUUCAACGGGGCCGCAUCGCGCGGGCCCGGGAUGGUGGCCGCGACGGCGGCGGCGGUUGUCGCGCUGCUGCGUCGAGUUCCCCGCCGAGCGGUCGAGAGAGCAGCCGGCCGGGCGCGGCCCGGACUGCCGAUGGCCCAGUCCUCCUUCGUCCUCCGGGCGCCGCUCAAUAUCCUCGAUGCUCCCAUCGCACCCACGUUCAUUUUCUUGCUUGCUUCCGUGUUCUCCGUGGCUGGUUCUGGUGCGGCCUCUCCCCUCACAAACGCCGCUCGUCUGGUUCGCAAACUCUCCGUUCAACAAGCCUCCGGAAGCUCAAGGCAAUUGCAAGUCCCACCAGCCCACGAGCAUGUCAACGUUCCCGCCAUGCUCUCCCCCACGGCGGGCACGUUCGUCGUUGGCACCAAUGGCACCUCCGCUACGACACACGUGUGGUUGCACGACACGCCGUUUCUCGCGUGCAUGAGCGAGAUCCUCCUUCCGGGCAAACUGAGACACCUGCGGCCCGGUCUUGCGCCGCGGGGUCUGGUCCCCACCAAGCUCGUCAACGCCGAGAUCAAGACCGUCGGCAUGCGUGUUUUCGCUGCGCUUGUCCUUGCCUUCAUGGUGCUCCUCCAAGCACACUGGGCUGCGUCCGCGAGCGUCCCCAUCCUGCGGGUCGGCGUGCCCAAGCUUCCUCUGACCGCGCGCGAAGCCGCAGUGCUUGCCCAGCCAGACGAGGUCACGCCCGUGUACCCUCGAGCGGCCGCACCCCAGCGCCGCACCGUCCAGCCGCGCCUACCACCUCCACCAUCACACCACGAAUCGCACCCUGAAGACUUCCGGAUGGAGGAGCCUGCAGCGUCCGCGCAGGUCUCCGUGCUUGCCGUCGGGGUCAUCGCGCUCGUCGUCGUCUUCCACGCUUGCGACUUCCUAUGA